AUGGCUGGUUCUAAAGAUGAAGAUAUAUCACCACUUUGCGGCAAACCAUACUUUGAUUUCAUCCUCGGCCAGUCAAAUCUCGAGCCCAAGUAUAUGAUGUUUUUACCAGCCAAAAUAUGCCCAGAACUUACUCCAGGUGAAGUUCCUGUAGUCCUCACUUGCCGUGGAAAGAAGUGGGACAUGUUCUGCUCCGGAGACAAUCAAAGGAGGUUUAAGCAAGGCUGGAAAUUUUUUGUGAAUGAUAAUAAUUUGAAGAUCGGAGAUGGACUUGUGUUUGAACUUCUGGAGUGCAGCAGAGCGAAAAUGACGUUCAAAGUUCAAAUUCUCAGAGGUGAUUUUCCGGCUGAAUUGACGACUGAACCGGAGGAUGGUACUCCAGAAAAUCCAAUAGUUUUAUUAUAA